CAGGCUGAGCGUGGCCAGGGGCCAAGGGCGUCUAGAGCGGAGGGUGAUGGGAGCUGCCUGUGCCUUAGGGAACACUUUUUAGGCGUUUGUUUUGUACUAUCGCUGGAGCCCACCGCUGCAACACCCCCAAUUUCACAACCAGCGUGAGUCAGCUGGGCCGGCUGCAGGACCGCUAGGGGAAGGAGGACUUCUCAGUCCCUGGGGUGGGCAGGACCGAGUGGUGACUAGAGCACCCUAGAUGAGGUCCCUGCUCCCUCAGGACAGGUGAGCACUGUCCAGCUGGCCGCUGGGUGGAGCUGCGUGAGCCACACUCCACGGAGCCCUGGCCACUACACAGAUUGCACCUGGGUAUUGGCAGCCACCUAUUCGCCCGCCAAUGAAGUAUAUCCUGGUUACUGGUGGCGUCAUCUCAGGCAUUGGUAAAGGGAUCAUCGCCAGCAGCAUUGGGACCAUUCUCAAGUCAUGUGGACUUCGAGUUACUGCCAUCAAAAUCGACCCCUAUAUUAACAUCGAUGCGGGGACUUUCUCACCUUAUGAACAUGGUGAAGUAUUUGUUUUAAAUGAUGGUGGAGAAGUUGAUUUGGACCUGGGAAAUUAUGAAAGAUUCUUGGAUAUUAAUCUUUAUAAAGACAACAACAUCACCACUGGGAAGAUAUAUCAGCAUGUGAUCAAUAAAGAGAGGUGUGGUGAUUACCUGGGAAAGACUGUUCAAGUUGUCCCCCAUAUUACUGACGCUAUCCAGGAGUGGGUCAUGAAUCAAGCCAAGGUGUCUGUGGAGGGUAAUAAGGAGGACCCCCAGAUAUGCGUUAUUGAGCUGGGAGGCACCAUUGGAGACAUCGAAGGAAUGGCAUUUGUGGAAGCAUUCCGACAAUUCCAGUUUAAAGCAAAAAAAGAGAAUUUCUGUAAUAUUCAUGUCAGCCUUGUACCACAGCCGAGUGCUACUGGAGAACAAAAAACCAAACCCACACAAAACAGUGUCCGUUCGCUGAGGGGGUUGGGCUUGUCUCCAGAUCUGAUUGUCUGCCGUAGUUCCGCACCCAUUGAGAUGGCUGUGAAGGAGAAGAUUUCCAUGUUUUGUCAUGUGAACCCUGAUCAGGUCAUCUGUAUCCAUGAUGUUUCUUCCAUCUACCGAGUGCCUCUUCUUUUGGAGGAGCAAGGUGUGGCUAAAUAUUUUAAAGAGAGAUUGGACCUGCCCAUCAGUGAUUGUUCCAGUAAUUUGCUUUUCAAGUGGAAAGCCAUGGCUGACAGGUAUGAAAGACUGCAGAAAAUAUGCUCCAUAGCCCUGGUUGGUAAAUACACCAAACUCAGGGACUGCUAUGCCUCUGUGUUCAAAGCACUGGAACACUCAGCCUUGGCCAUCAACCACAAGUUGAAUCUGAUGUAUAUAGACUCCAUUGAUCUGGAACCAGUCACCAAAGCUGAGGAUCCUGUGAAAUUCCAUGAAGCUUGGCAGAAGUUGUGCUUGGCCGAUGGUAUUCUUGUGCCGGGAGGCUUUGGAAUCCGAGGAACCUUGGGAAAACUUCAGGCAAUUUCUUGGGCAAGGACAAAGAAGAUUCCAUUUCUGGGAAUCUGCCUUGGGAUGCAACUGGCAGUGGUUGAGUUCGCAAGAAACUGCCUGAACUUGAAAGAUGCUAAUUCUACCGAAUUUGAGCCAAACACUCCAGUUCCAUUGGUAAUCGACAUGCCUGAACACACCCCUGGCGACUUGGGAGGAACAAUGAGACUGGGAUUAAGACGAACUGUUUUCACAACGGAAAAUUCCAUCUUGAAGAAGCUUUAUGGUGACGUCCCUUAUAUAGAAGAAAGACACAGACAUCGGUAUGAGGUAAACCCUAACAUGAUCAACCAAUUUGAGAAGAAAGACCUUUGCUUUGUUGGUCAGGAUGUAGAUGGGAAGAGGAUGGAAAUUAUUGAACUGACAGGUCAUCCGUAUUUCAUUGGUGUCCAGUUCCAUCCUGAGUUUUCUUCUAGGCCGAUGAAGCCUUCCCCUCCAUACCUGGGUCUUUUACUUGCAGCAACCGGCAAUCUGAAUGCCCAUCUGCAACAGAUGAGCAGACUCUCUCCCAGUGAUGUAUACAGUGAUGUCAGCGAUGACAGCUUUUCUGAGGCAAAGCUGGCUGAACUAGAAAUCAACUGAAGCUCUUUCUUGUCUCAGGAGUAACAGGGGCCACAAAAAAGGGUAAGAAAGCAUUUUGGA